UCAUACUUAACGGCGCUGGAUAGCCACUGGGCUUGGCUUCUUCAACUAACUCACUGCCUUGAAACCCGACUUGAUCGAAGUGUGCGUUUUCAACAGUUCUUUGCCGAAUCUAAUGAGGCUGAAAUCUUCUUGCAAAGUCAGCUGAAGCAACUUGAAGCCAUUCGGAAUUCCACCUCCGAAUUCAGUUCAGUUGAACAAAUACAGAAGCUGAUGGAUGGAAUUGCCGAGAUGGGGGAAUCCAUACGGGAACACGGCUACCUCGUUGAUAAGCUUGUUGGCCUGAGCGAGGAAGUUGUCAACUUGACGCCUGGCUCGCGUCCACAGUCAGGGCCUGAGCAAGUGGUCGCUUUGUGCUCAUUUGGAAACCCCGAUGACAACGUGCCCUGCGACGCGGACAUGGACCCUGCCCAGGCGCCCCAUUUAAACGACAGCCCAUUGCCCUCAUCGGCCGCUUGGCCAGUAGGCAUAAAAUUCUUCGAAAAGGAAGACAAAAUGACAAUGACUGGCUUCAAGAGCAAGACCAUCAUCGGGGAAAACCCCUUUCCUCACUUCUCACACAGGCGUGGUAUUCUGAUUGAACUAAAGACUGCCAUUGAUAGGACCGCGGUGCCUUAA